AUGCCUUCAACCAAGAUGUCUGCAUACCUCUCCAUCUCUCCUCCGGCAUGCUACCUCCUCCUGGGAUCCCUACCGUUGCUAGUCCUAUCGGAAUACAAAUCCAGGUCUUAUUAUGGAACAGCCCUGUUUAAGAUGCUCUCCUCAGCCGCUUUCCUGAGCGGCCCUCUUCUAACAUCAAUGGACUGGACUCCCUACCGCCGUCUCAUCACUAUCGGCCUUCUGUUCUCCAUGCUUGGCGACUUCUUUUUAAUCCCCUCUCGUGGUGAAUUUUUCGACUCGGGCUCCAAAUCCCAAGAGAGACAAGUGCCAAUUUCCUUCCAUUUAGGCGUUGUCGCCUUCGCGGCCGCUCAUAUAGCCUAUAUCAUAGCCUUCCUUCGGGAUGCGCGCGAAAAUUCAUGGGGGGUCUUUAUAACCGUAUUCAUCGCUACUCUGCUCCUCGCAAAAUGGCUUGGCGUGAUCUACCCACCGUCGCAUUCCUCAACUGGAGUAAAUGUGCUUGACCUCGCUAUCGCCAAGGACAUGAAGCCGUUGGUUUUUAUAUAUGCUGUUAUCAUUAGCUUGAUGUUUGCUGCUGCUUCUUCGACGACCCCGUUGACAAUUUCAUCCAGCUGGGUUUAUCAGCGAGUCUUGGGGGCUGGAAUGUUUGUCGUGAGCGAUAUUUUUGUGGCAGUGACUGCAUUUCGGAGAUAUACUGCACCAGUGCAGCGUGGUUGGGUUCAGAUAGCUGUUGGAUAUGGGCUUUAUUUCUGGGGGCAGAUGAUUAUAGCGGGAAUGGUGGAAGCAUAG